GAGAGGGAACAAGGAGCGGAAGUGGGAGGCGGGAGUAGGGCACGAAGCCGGCGGAGUAACACUGUGUGGUUUCCGUGCCUUCCCGCUAGCAGGGAACUUCGAGGAGCGGCCUGCGAGGGAGGAAACAAGGCGCUUGGGCCUACCUGAAGGGUUUGCGCCCUUUUUUGCUCUGGAGUUUGACCAGGCCUUUAGCCUUCUCUGCCAAAUAAGGAUUCACUUUGCUCUUCUCUCUUGACAGAAGAUGUUCAGGAAAGGGAAGAAGCGGCACAGCAGUAGUAGCUCCCAGAGCAGCGAGAUCAGCACUAAAAGCAAAUCAGUGGACUCCAGUCUUGGAGGACUUUCAAGAUCUAGCACUGUUGCCAGUCUAGAUACAGACUCCACAAAAAGUUCAGGUCAGAGCAAUAGCAAUUCAGAUACUUGUGCAGAAUUUAGAGUGAAAUAUGUUGGUGCCAUUGAGAAGUUGAAGCUCGAUGAAAGCAAGACUUUGGAAGGGCCGCUGGACUUGAUCAACUACAUAGAUGUGGCACAGCAAGAUGGAAAACUACCCUUUGUUCCAGGGGAUGAAGAAUUUGUUAUGGGAGUGUCCAAGUAUGGCAUUAAAGUCACAACUUUGGACCAGUAUGAUGUUCUGCAUAGACAUGCGCUUUACCUAAUUGUUCGCAUGGUGUGCUAUGACGAUGGCCUUGGCGCAGGCAAGAGUUUGCUGGCUUUGAAAACAACCGAUAUGAACUAUGAAGAAUACAGCCUUUGGAUAUACCAGUGUAAUAGUUUGGAACAAGCACAAGCCAUUUGUAAGAUGCUCUCCACGGCCUUUGACUCAGUUUUAACAUCUGAGAAGCCCUGAAUUUCAGUAGCUCCACUUCAUACCGAGAGGAAGUACUACUUGCUGCAGCUGCAGGAAUUGUAGGCCAAACAAGCACUUUGGUACAGCUGAACUGGAUUUUUAUUUGUAAAGAACUGCUUCACCUCUUCAAAGGAAAAGCGGCUGUUUUAUGUAAAUGUUUGUUUUUAAACUAUAUGACCAAGAGCCUAAUCAAGACUGAAUAAUAUAAGCUAGUUUAUGUUAAUGAACCUGUAGAGCAGAAGUGGGCACAGUGCAGCCUAUAGGCCACAUUGUGGCCCCCGGGACCCCCCUCAAGGAUCAACCAUUUUUGUUGUUUUGGUUUUUUUGCAAAAAAAAAAAAUCAAAUACUUCUCCAAAAGGUUCAAAGGUUAGCUCUAGAAGUUGUUGAAGGUAUUUAUGGUAUCAAAGUGGUAUUUUGCAAAACAUCCCCCUCCCUAAAUGCCUUCUGUUCCACAGAAGGCAUUUAGGGGCAAAAAUAAAUCCCUCUAAGGGAGAGCUUUCCAAACUCGCAGCAUACAGUCAUGCUGGCCACAUGACCUUGGAGCCACUCUGGCAGGAAGGUAAUGUCGCGGCACGUUAAGUGUGUUGGCUACAGUGUGUCACAUGAAUGUAAUGAGAACCCCUGGGUCUAUGUAAAAUAAAUAAAUCCUAUAUUUAAAUAAAAGGUUUUCAUGGGAUAUGUUGUAUCCUCCAUACAUUCCAUUGUCAUAAUUCAUGCAGGUUUCUGUACCUUUUAUCAGAGGCUAGUUUACCCUCAUUUACUAGUAAAACACCCUGAGUCCCUCCUGGGAGAGAGGGCAGGUUUAUUAUUAUUAUUAUUAUUAUUAUUAUUAUUAUUAUUAUUAUGUCAGGAAAUCAAGAAUGUAUAAAAAGGUAGUCCCCAACAUGAAAUGUCUGAAAGGCUCUGCUCUAAGAUCUCUUGGAGGGCAGAUGUGACCUCUUAGUCUUUCCUGCUAUAGACUUGAUAUUUUAUAUGAAUUCGAAAUAAACUUUGCUUCUCUGUGCUCCUUUUUUACAACUUGAAUAAAAAAAGUUAAUUGAAAAC